AAAAAAAAGAGGGUUGUAACUAGUAAGUAUAUGUGUAGGCUUUUUAUGUAUAAAAAGAUUUUUUUUGAAAUACAAGUAUGAUAUGCUAUGCAUCCAUUUUGCUGUGUUCCAACAAUCAACUACAAUCGCGAAUCCUCACCGUUACCAAUGCCUCCGCCUCCGCCUCCCGUGGCGGCGUCCACGGAAUUUACUAGAUCGGCUGAUUCACUGAACCGGUCUGCUAGUGGAAAUUACAAUCAUAAUUGGACUUCCAGUAACAACUCCAACCAUCAUCAUCGUCAUCAGAGUUUGACCGAGUCAUCAUCGUCAACGCCGGCGGUUUUUACUUCUCUAUCACGGCCACCGUCGAUGAGGGAGGCGAUUCAGUUGACUUCCGCCGGCGAUCAAGUGAAGAUCAACGACAUAGUUGGGAAUGGUAUAUCGGGAAUUCUACACAAGUGGGUGAACUAUGGGAAAGGAUGGAGACCUAGGUGGUUUGUGUUGCAGGAUGGAGUGUUAUCGUAUUAUAAGAUCCAUGGACCGGAUAGAAUUGUUGUGAAUUCGGAAACAGAGAAAGGAUCCAAAGUUAUUGGUGAAGUGUCGCUUAGGAGAAUCUCUAGGAACAAGACGAAUGCUACUUCGAAUACUUCUCAGCCUCGACGUAAGCCCGUUGGUGAAGUUCAUCUCAAGGUCUCAUCCAUCCGUGAGAGUAGAUCAGAUGACAGGAGGUUUUCUAUUUUCACUGGAACAAAGAGGCUGCACCUGAGGGCUGAGACUAGAGACGACAGAACAGCAUGGAUGGAAGCAUUGCAAGCUGUGAAGGAUAUGUUUCCUAGAAUGUCCAACAGUGAAUUAAUGGCUCCCGUGGACAAUGUAGCUGUCUCAACAGAUAAGUUGAGGCAACAGUUGCUGAAGGAGGGUGUGAGUGAGGCUGCUGUUCAGGACAGCGAGCAGAUUAUGAGGAAUGAGUUUGCGUCUUUGCAGAAUCAACUGAUGCUACUCAAGCAGAAGCAUCGGAUGCUCAUGGACACCUUGAGACAGUUAGAGACAGAAAAAGUUGAUUUAGAGAAUACUGUGGUUGAUGAGAGUCAAAGGCAGUGUAAAGAGGUCGGACCAUCUGCUAGAGUAAGGCAGGAUAAAUACAGUGAAGCAAGUGCAAGUGAAUCGGAGGAUGACAAUGAAAGAGUCGAUGCUGCUGAGGAAGAUACUGAUGAUGAAGAGAAUACUUUCUUUGACACUAGGGAUUUUCUUUCUUCAAGUUCUUUUAAAAGCACUGGUUCUGAUUUUCGAUCAUCGUCUUUCUCCUCGGAUGAUGAUGAUUUGUAUGCAUAUGCAUCUGAUGAAAGUGUUGACCCUAUUAUUAGAUCUGCUGGAACCAAGUUUCCUUAUGUCAAGCGUCGUAAGAAAUUGCCUAAUCCCAUUGAAAAAGAGAAAGGAGUCAGUUUAUGGUCGAUGAUUAAAGACAAUAUUGGGAAGGAUCUCACAAAAGUGUGCCUCCCUGUCUACUUCAAUGAACCCCUUUCUUCUUUGCAAAAGUCGUUUGAGGACUUGGAGUACUCAUACCUUCUUGAUCGGGCUUCUGAAUGGGGAAGAAGGGGUGACAGCCUUAUGAGGAUUCUCAAUGUAGCAGCAUUUGCCGUAUCUGCAUAUGCUUCUACCGAAGGAAGGAUUUGCAAACCGUUCAAUCCGCUGUUAGGGGAGACUUAUGAGGCUGAGUAUCCAGAUAAAGGCCUCCGGUUUUUCUCAGAAAAGGUAAGUCAUCAUCCCAUGAUAAUAGCAUGCCAUUGUGAGGGUACAGGAUGGAAAUUCUGGGGAGAUAGUAAUUUAAAAAGCAAAUUUUGGGGUCGCUCAAUCCAGCUGGAUCCCGUUGGUAUAUUGACUCUUGAAUUUGAUGAUGGAGAAAUCUUUCAAUGGAGCAAGGUAACUACAUCCAUAUACAAUCUGAUUUUGGGUAAACUGUACUGCGAUCACUAUGGUACAAUGCGCAUACUAGGAAAUCAUAAUUACUCUUGCAAGCUGAAGUUCAAGGAGCAAUCAAUCAUAGAUCGGAAUCCACAUCAGGUACAGGGAAUAGUACAAGACAGGAGUGGGAAGACAGUAGCUACAUUAUUUGGGAAGUGGGAUGAGAGUAUGCAUUAUGUGAAUGGAGAUUUCUCCACAGGAAAAGGAUUUGAUUAUCUCUCUGAGGCUCAUCUGCUAUGGAAGCGGAGCAAACCUCCCAAAGAUCCUACUAGAUAUAAUCUGACACGCUUUGCAAUUACAAUGAAUGAGCUUAUCCCUGGAGUGAAGGACAAGCUGCCACCAACAGAUUCUAGACUUAGACCUGAUCAAAGGUGCUUGGAGAAUGGCGAAUAUGACAGGGCCAACUCAGAAAAGCUACGUCUUGAAGAACGGCAGAGACAGGCUCGGAAAAUGCAGGAAAGGGGUUGGAAGCCACAGUGGUUUGCAAAAGACAAAGGGAGUGAUGGUUACCACUACAUUGGCGGUUAUUGGGAGGCAAGGGAAAAGGGCAAGUGGGAGGCAUGUCCUGAUAUUUUUGGUCAUAUCCCUUCUGAUCAGAUGUAAUGACCGAGUGAGCUCUAGCCAUUUCGGGCUUAUUAUUUCAUUUUCUUCCAAAUAUUUUACAUCUCAUUAUACAGCAGGGGAGAGGUUUACUGGUGCUGCAAAUUGUCUUUGAAAUAUGUAAAGUACUUUUAAUGCCUCCAAGUAAUAAAGAUUUCAUUCUUUGUUG